CUAAAGACUUGUGUUGUUGUGAGAGUGUCCGAGCAGCUGACAGAUAUGCAGCAGUCUGUGGAGUCUCUGGUGCGACUGCUGGAGUCAUACAGAGGAAGAGAUAAAGUUAUCAGGACGGUCUGUUAUGGCUCCCAGCUGGUUGGAGGAGUUCUUUCCCGGAAGGCGGAAACAGACGUUUCAUCCCAGCGGCUCGGGAAAAGUCUGCUGCUGUUUUCUGCUCAGCUCAGCCACUGCCGGACGGUGCUGAGGCUGUUUGAUGAUCUGUCCAUGCUGGCUUACUCCCACAGCUAUGGGACGGGUGCUCAGGAGGAGGACGCAGGCGUGCGCUGGAUAUCGGUGCUGACCAACAUGGCUGACCAGCUCUACUACCCCUGCGAACACAUUGCGUGGGCUGCUGACGCUGAGCUCAUCAAAGUGAAGUCUGAUAAGUGGUGGCUGUUCUGCACAGUGCUGUGGGGAACCUCGCUGCUGCUGGGAAUACUCAGAUCACUUCGAGUUCUGCUGAUACUGAAGAAGAAGCUGAAGAGACACGAGAGGGACGCAGGUGGCAGCAGUCGCUCUCAGCUCCGCAGACAGAUGCGAGGGGAGGUUCUCUCUGUCCUCGGCAGCAUGGCUGACCUCAGUAAUGCCAUUCAUUGGAUGCCGCCGGGCUUCCUGUGGGCGGGACGAUUCCCUAACUGGCUGGUUGGGCUGAUGGGCACUGUCUCGUCUCUGAUUGGUUUGAUCCAGAUGAGCGCAGGCAACAGCGACGGGACAGACAGCAGAUAGUCUUCACCUCACAGUGAGGCACAGAUCAGAUGCUGUGAUGACUGAACGAAUGAUGUUUAUUGGUGGAAAAUGCCAAGUGAAAGGAUGUGAGGCAGAUCUUUAAUGUGAUCGGACUUCAGUCAGACUGUCCGUGGAGAUUCAUUCAAGUUAUUUUAGUGAGUAAAAUGUAGACGACUUUUAGCCAAUCAUUCAAGUGAUUGUGACUGAAAAAAGCAAUGAAACAUCUUCAGUUCCAUUGGAUUUUGAAACUUUUGGAUAUUUCAAUCAUCAGACAGUAACAGGCAGUAUUUGAUGAUAAGAUCAAUCAAUCAAAUCUUCUUUUAAUUGCUCUUUUAAUUGCUCAGCUAACAGCUGCAGCAUCACAGUCUCACACACGUGAAAUGUAUUGAGAGUUUAUGUGCCAUUACAUGAAUGAUGAAAGUAUUUACUGCACAUGGCAAGUUAGCACAGUGUAGUGGUUUUCAGAAAGCAGAAGAAGAACAAGAGCGUUCUAAUGACAUGUUUUAAUUGGAGGCAGGUCUUGAGGUAUAUCAUCUCUCUAUUUAGCACAUAAUGCCUUCUGCCUUUUGUUCUCUGAGGCUGUUUUAUUGCAGUCAAGUUCCCAAAAACAACAACUUUGGCUGAGACCACAACUGCUGCACCCUUCUUUGUCGGUAUGCAAAGUGGUCUGUGACUAAACUGUACCUGACAGGAGACAGUUGAUUCUUGCAACAGCCACUAUAUUUAAGAGUAGGUUUAAGUGCAGAGGAGACACACAGGGACACUUAACCUCCACCUGCUCAGGUCAAUGCACAAGUAGCUGAAACAGGGAUGGUCAUGGUUGUGUUUAGAAAUUAAAGCUGUGUCGUGAUUUUAAGAGAAAUACAGUGACACUGUGGAAACACUGUUCAAUUGUUGCCUUAAAUACACACUCCCUUACACACAAUUUUCAUAUACAGUGAUUCAUAAACAGUGAAUUCAUUAUUACACCUUUUAUAGAUAUUUUUGAGUGCCCUACUAGGGUCACUCAAGGGAAAAAAUAUUUCUGUCACAUUAUGUUUAAAGACCAACUUAGUGUUAAAGAACGUAAUGUCCUCAAGCUCACUACAUCAACUGAUUUUGCUCAUAGGUUCCCCAAGCUUUGAAGAUGUGCAUACUAGUGAAACUAGCAGCAAAAAUAGAUUUGCAUUAAAGAAUAAGUCGAAAACAAUGAAUAAGUCUUACUGUAUAUGGAAACAGUCAGUGUUGGUGUCAGAAGCUGUUUUCAAUGUAAAUUGAAUGUGAAGUUAUUUUAGACGAUAUAAACGAAUGAAAUAUUAAAAUA